AUUUCAAUAUCACUUCACUAUUUUUCUAUUCUUCAACUGUCAUUACACAUCUUUACAACACAAAUGGAUCCAAUCAACAACACCGUGAGUGGUUUGAUGGACAUGUUCCACAAGAGGAUGACGGAGUUUGAGGUGCGGCUUCAGAAGGCUCCAGCAGAUCCAUCAAAUACCUCAAACUUGGCUGCAGAGUUCACCGUCUUCAAGGAGUUCAUAGCUCAGGCGCUCAACAGUCUACAGCAGCAAGUUGAGCUUCUUGCCAGGACUGUGGACUCAAUGGAGAUGCGCGGACGAAGAGGAAUUUUGUUGCUGCAUGGUGUCCCCGAGGAGAAGGAUGAAGACACCGCAAAGGUAAUUGUUGGAGUUGUCAAGGACCGCUUUAGGAUCCAUAGUUUUGCUGAAGAUGACAUUAAGCGAUGCCACAGAAUGGGAAGGUCUUCAUCCACUACAAAACCAAGGCCUAUCCUAUUUAAGCUUCGGGAUGUUGCUGUCCGAAACAAUAUUUGGUUUGAGAAAACAAAACUAAAAGGCACCGGCAUCACUGUCUCAGAGUUCUUGACCAAACCUCGACAUGACCUGUUUAUGGCUGCACGGAAGAGGUUUGGGGUGACGAAGUGCUGGACGAGGGAUGGGUGUAUUUAUGUAUUGGCACCCAAUGGCUCACGGCAUCGCGUCACAUCGUCUACGGAACUGAGCUCUAUACUGUCCCGUGGUGGCACCAAGUCCCCUGAAGCGGCAUCUACCAACGCUCCGCAGAAGCCCAUCAUCACCAGCAGGCCCAAGCGUGCUGCUGCUAUUAAAAAGUGAAGUGUUUUUCACCCCCUGAUAAUGUGUUAAGUCCGAGUAAUACUAGUUAGUUUUUUCUUCAGUUCUUUUCUUGUUGUAAGUACCCACUUUCUUUUAAAUGUACUUCUUUUUCUUUUCGUUUUAAUCUUGUUGCACUAUUAUUUGUCUUUCAUUAUAGA